AUGCAGCUGACCAAGACUCUCCUCUUCGCCCUCGUCGGCACCGCCUUCGCCUCCCCCAUCGAGAAGCGUCAACUCUCCGUCAUUCAGGGCGCCGUCACCUCCGUCCAGGGAGCUCUUACCAAGCUCAACACCGCUGUCCAGGGUGUUGGUAACGAUGUUGCGUCCGCACAACCCAUUCUGGCUGCCUCUACUGAGGUCCAGAACACCCUGUCAAAGGCCGCCACCGACAUUCAGGGUGCUCAGCCUCUUCAGCUCCAGGAGGCUCUCGGACUCCAGCAGACCGCUACCGAUCUGACCUCGUCCGCAACCACCCUGAUUGACACUCUCGUCUCUAAGAAGCCCAACUUCGACCAGAUUGGUGUCUCCAGCGUUGUCCUCCAGAACCUCCAGCAACAGAAGACCGCCUCCGCCAGCCUGGGAACCGCCAUUGUCUCCAAGGUUCCCGCCAUUGGCCAGGGUAUCGCACAACAGAGCAUCGACCAGAUCACUGCUGCCCUCGACAAGGGCAUCCAGGCCUACUCCGCUGGUGGUGCCGCUCCCGCUGGUGGUGCGUAG